AUGUUUGCUACUCGCCAGGCCUUCAACCUCUUCCAGAAGCGGGCUUUCUCUGCCUCUGCUCGCCAGUCCUCCAAGGUCGCCAUCCUUGGUGCCGCUGGUGGCAUUGGCCAGCCCCUUUCUCUCUUGAUGAAGCUCAACCCUCGCGUCACCGAGCUCGCUCUCUACGACAUCCGCGGAGGCCCUGGUGUCGCUGCUGACCUGAGCCACAUCAACACCAACAGCACCGUCACUGGCUAUCAGCCCACUCCCGAAGGCCUUCGGGAUGCUCUCAAGGGCUCUGAGAUCGUCCUCAUCCCCGCCGGUGUUCCUCGCAAGCCCGGCAUGACCCGUGACGACCUCUUCAACACCAACGCUUCUAUUGUCCGUGACCUCGCCAAGGCUGCUGCUGAGGCCUCUCCUAACGCCAACAUCCUGGUGAUCUCCAACCCUGUCAACUCUACUGUCCCCAUUGUUGCCGAGGUCUUCAAGUCCAAGGGUGUCUACAACCCCAAGCGCCUCUUCGGUGUCACGACCCUGGACGUUGUCCGUGCCUCGCGCUUCAUCUCCGAGGUCAAGAACACCGACCCGGCCAACGAGGAGGUGACCGUCGUUGGUGGCCACUCCGGCGUCACCAUCGUUCCUCUGAUCUCCCAGUCCAACCACCCCGACAUUGAGGGCGAGACCCGUGACAAGCUGGUCAACCGCAUCCAGUUCGGGGGUGACGAGGUCGUCAAGGCCAAGGAUGGCGCUGGCUCUGCCACCCUCUCCAUGGCCUUCGCCGGUGCUCGUUUCGCCGAGUCUCUGCUCAAGGCGGCCUCGGGCGUCAAGGGCGUUGUCGAGCCCAGCUUUGUCGACAGCCCUCUGUACAAGGACCAGGGCAUUGACUUCUUCGCCUCCCGCGUCGAGCUUGGCCCGAACGGUGCCGAGAAGGUCCUGCCGGUUGGCAAGGUCUCCCCGUACGAGGAGAAGUUGCUCGAGGCUGCCUUUGCCGACCUCAAGAAGAACAUCCAGAAGGGUAUCGACUUCGUCAAGAACAACCCUUAA